GCCAAUCCGCUGUUCUCGGCAGCAGCAGCGCGCAGCGCGCUUUUCUGCCGCAGUUGAGUCUUGAGAGUGUAGAGUUGGCGCGCUCGCGGCUCGCAGUACUUAUAACAUAUCAUCACGGAAAGUAUACGUACAUCCAUAGUAGAAAUAAAAACUUUCGCAGGCACACAUGAGUCAUCAGCGAGGGCGGCAUAUCGGGGCCAAUCCGUAGUAAAAGAGAGAUUCGUUCGCGCUGUACGUGCGGGGGCAGCAGCGUAAAGCGACUCCAUAUCUUGCAGAGUGUCCGGCAGCUUAUAAGUAUAUACGAAGAAUAACGUCAGUUGGUCGUCGCCGCGAGUCAACAAUGGUAGCACACGAUGACGUUGGCAUUGGGGACUUUGUCCUACUCGACGAGAUCACCCUCGACAAAGUUGUCGAGAAUCUUCGCGUCAGAUUCAAUGGAGGAAAAAUUUAUACCUACAUCGGUGAAGUGUGCGUCAGCGUCAAUCCAUACAGAAGUACAAAUAUCUACAGUCCCGAUUAUGUGGAGAAAUACAAAGAUCGAGAGCUUUUCGAGAACCCACCGCACAUAUUCGCGGUGGCGGACGCAGUGCACAAAGAGAUGAAGCAACAGGGUCGUGACACUUGCAUUGUGAUAAGUGGCGAGUCUGGUUCUGGCAAAACGGAAGCAAGUAAAAUCAUCAUGAAGUACAUCGCAGCGGUAACUAACGUCGAGGGCCAGCAGGAAAUCGAAAGGGUUAAAAAUAUACUCAUCCAGUCGAAUUCCAUUCUGGAAGCUUUCGGAAAUGCAAAGACCAACAGAAAUGAUAACUCAUCAAGGUUUGGCAAAUACAUGGAUAUCAAUUUCAAUUUCAAAGGUGAUCCCGUUGGCGGAGAUGUCACCAAUUACUUGCUGGAAAAAUCAAGAGUCGUUUAUCAACAAAAAGGCGAAAGAAAUUUCCAUUGUUUUUAUCAGUUAAUCAAUGGCUGUAACGAUAGUGACUUGAGAAAUAUGCGGAUAAUUAGAGAUAUUGCUACUUACAAUUAUAUUAAGAACGGCGCAGACAGCAAUCAAACAAAUUCAAAUGACAAAAGCGAUUACAAGACAGUUAUGAAUGCCAUGUCGACGCUUGGAUUUACGCAAGUAGAAACUCAAACAAUUUGGAACGUUGUUGCCGGCGUAUUGCAUUUGGGCAACAUCACUUUUACUCUUGACGAAGACAAAGUUAAUAUUAAUGGUGACAAAGCAUUAAAUGAUGCUGCUUAUUUACUGUGCGUAAAUCCAACGGAACUAAAAGCCGCACUAAUUCAAAGAAUAAUUGCUGCUGGAGGUGAAGUCAUGCAGAAGACGCAUACUUUGACCGAAGCUGAAUAUGGUAGAGACGCUUUGGCUAAGGCUGUGUAUGAUAGGUUGUUUACAUGGAUCGUAUCACGCAUAAAUAGCACAAUCAACGUUACGUCGAACAAUAUUUACAAACGUUAUAGAACACUGAUUGGUGUUUUGGAUAUUUAUGGAUUUGAAAUUUUUGACGCCAACAGUUUUGAACAGUUUUGUAUUAAUUAUUGCAACGAAAAACUACAACAACUCUUCAUUGAGUUGGUAUUGAAGCAAGAACAAGAAGAGUAUAAAAAAGAAGGUAUAGCGUGGCAAAAUAUCGAAUAUUUCAAUAAUCAAAUAAUUUGUGAUCUCGUUGAGCAAAAUCACAAAGGAAUUAUAUCCAUUAUGGAUGAAGCGUGCUUGAACGUAGGCAAAGUAACAGACGAAAUGCUCCUUGAAGCUAUGGAUAAAAAGUUGGUCGAACACAAACAUUACACAUCUAGACAAUUGAAACCAACCGAUAAAGAAUUAGCACAUAAGACGCAAUUUAGAAUAAAACAUUAUGCAGGCGAUGUGGUUUAUAACAUUAAUGGAUUCUUGGACAAGAAUAAGGACACCCUAUUCCAAGAUUUCAAACGAUUACUGUUCAAAAGUAAAAACUCAAUUAUUGAGAGCAUGUGGCCGGAAGGCGUACAAGACAUCACAAAGACGACGAAAAGGCCUUUGACAGCUGGAACUCUUUUCAAAAAUUCCAUGAUUGCUUUAAUCAAGAACCUCACCAGCAAAGAGCCAUUUUACGUGAGAUGUAUCAAACCUAACGAAGUUAAAUCUCCCGUUGUUUUUGACGAAGAAAGAGUCACGCAUCAAGUUCGAUACUUGGGACUUGUUGAGAAUAUAUUGGUCAGGCGAGCUGGCUUUGCUUAUCGACAACGUUAUGACAAAUUUUUGAAGAGAUAUAAGAUGAUUUCUCGAUAUACGUGGCCUAAUUUUAGAGGUAAAGAUGACAAAAGUGGUGUGAAAAUGAUGAUGGAUGACAAAGAUUUCUCCAACGAUGUUCAAUACGGACAUACAAAAAUCUUUAUACGUUCUCCUCGCACACUGUUUGCUCUUGAAAAGGCUCGAGAAGAUUUGAUUCCUGGGAUAGUAGUGUUGAUUCAAAAAAUGGCUCGCGGAUUCAUGGCUCGCAGAUACUACAGGCGAUUAAAGGCAGCCUACACUAUUGCACAGUACUACAAAAGAUACAAAAAGCGCUCUUAUAUAAAUAAACUUCGAAAUACGUUCCAAGAUGCAGAGAACGCACCUCAUUAUGGCAAGCACUUGCCUUGGCCAAAGGAAAAUUUCGCUGUCAAACCGGUAGUGCCUUUGCUGAAGAUGAUGUAUGCCAGGUGGUACAGUUGGAUGAUUCUGAAGAAGAUUCCAAGAGAAGAUUGGCCUCAAUUGCGCCUGAAGAUGUCAGCUACUGCAGCAAUGCGUUCAAAGCGACUAUACUAUGGUCAAGAUAGAAAGUGGGAAGGCAACUAUUUAUCUCAGUUCAGUGAGAACAAUCACAAUGAUAUCUAUAAUACAUCGAUGAACAAUCUUAAAAAUGCCGACCACUUUAAGACCAUAUUAUUCAGUGCCUUCAUUAAGAAAACUAACAAAUUUAGUAAGCAAGCAGAUCGAGUUUUAGUUGUUACAGAACAAGCUCUAUAUAAAUUAGAAAGUUCUAAGUUUAAGAACAUGAAAAAAGUUAUGAAUAUAGCUGACAUUACAGGCCUUAGUGUUUCACCUGGUAGGGAUCAAUUGAUAAUAAUUCACUCCAAUCAUGGAAAUGAUUUCAUUGCUUCCAUUGUAACGACUGAAGAUAAAGUUGGAGAACUCGUGGGAGUUCUCAGUAACGCUUAUUACAAAUCACGCAAAGCUGAUGUGCAAGUUACAGUUGAUUCAAAAUUUAAAUGUAUGCUUGGAAACAAACGUAAGAUAUUAAAAAUAGAAGUGAUACCUGAAGUAACGAGGCCAACUUUCAAGAAAGACGGCGAUAAUAUUAUUUAUGCUUUACCACCUUCAAUAGACAUCAUAGAUGAUAGAACCAACAGAAUAAAAAUAAAAAAUACAAGUUAAUUUUUGACAAGAUAUUGAUAAAUAUCAUAUUUUUGUAAAAUAACCUUUUAUAUUUCUUUUUAUAAAAACUUUUUAAAAAGUUGUAUAUUAAAGAAAAAUAUUUUUAUCGUCAUUUUUGAAAAUUACUAUGUAGGAAAUAUUGUUUUAUAAAUGUUUUGCCAUCAAAAAACUCUAAUCAUAGCAACUUACUCCAACAUUAAUGAAAUAUAUUUGGAUAUUACUAUAUUCUAUUUUGCUGCUUAUUUUAUGUCAAUAGACUGGUUACAAUUUUUUGAAAAGAGGAAAAAAUUAUAAUUAUUUGUUACAAGACGUGUACGAUUUACGUGUACUUUAGAUUGCUGUGAAUAUAUUUAUGUAGUUUAUCUUUAACUUAGUAUGUCAUACGCUUAAUUUAUGUCCGCUCAAUUAUUAUUAAGAAUAAAUUGUUAAAUUAACGUGAAAUAUAACUUGGCAAAAUUGAUAAUAGUUGGUCAUAUUAAUGUUGCUGAGUAAAAUAAAUAAAUGUAUUGUUAUUACUAUAAUUAUGAAAAUAAUAUAAGCUGUCUUGCAAAGUACUUAAUUAGUAAGAUAUUUUUAUUUUAUAAAAAUAUAUUGUUAAUUUUGAUUAUUUAUAGAAUGGUGCAAAAAACAAAUUGCAUUUCUGCAUUAAUGAUUGAUAUAU